UAGCCUUGACGCCGGCUAGCGGAAGCGCUGUGGAUGUGGGACAGUUUUGCGUUUUGUACGUAGGGUUCAUCGAGAGUGACCCGGCUCCAAAACAUCACAGGAAAGACAGGGGUCAAGCAGGUGUACUCCGGAGGGCUGGGACGGACGUUCACGGAGCUUCUCUAGCUAACAGCGUGAUUAACUAUCAAAGCUUAUCCUGAGGGUAGCGGCCCUGGAGAAACACAGUGUCUGGACUUCCUGGUGUCCACCGGCGGCUGCAGGCGAUGCGAGCAGCCUUCUCAGAUAAAGGAAGGAGCUGUGGAAGAAAAUGAGGAUAUCACAAUUUAUUUUUUCUUCAAGAUUUGAAGUUUUGGUGAUUUUCCUGCUGCUCUUUACUCCAAAUUUGCUACGUGCUGCUGAGUUUGAUCCAUAUAAAGUAUUAGGACUUAGCAAAACUGCUAGUCAGACUCAAAUCAAGAAGGCUUAUAAGCAGCUUGCUCGAGAAUGGCACCCAGAUAAAAACAAGAACCCAGAGGCAGAGGACAUGUUCAUUAAAAUCACUAAAUCAUAUGAGGUACUGUCCAGUGAAGAAAAGAGGGCUAAUUAUGACAAGUAUGGGGAUACAGAUGACACCCAGGCAUAUGGACAGCAGCGGCAGCCAUUUCGACAUUACCAUGACAGUUUUUAUUUUGAUGAAUCUUUUUUCCAUUUCCCAUUCAACAAAGGAAAUCGGGACUUUGCUGAUAAUAAGUACAUGCUGCAUUAUUCCCAAUACAUAAAUGACAUUGUCCCAGAUAGUUUCAAAAAACCAUACCUUAUAAAGAUCACCUCAGAUUGGUGUUUUAGCUGCAUUCACAUUGAACCUAUAUGGAAGGAGGCCGUGCAAGAGCUGGAGACAAUGGGUGUAGGGAUUGGUGUGGUAGAUGUAGGAUAUGAACGACGACUUGCUAAUCAUCUUGGAGCACAUCGAACCCCAUCUAUCCUUGGCCUCAUCAAUGGCAAAGUUACCUUCUUUCAUUAUGCUGUGGUCAGGGAACACUUGCGUCAGUUUGUGGAGAAUCUGCUGCCACAAAAGCUUAUAGAGAAGGUGACAGAUAAAAACUAUCUUGAGUUCUUGGGGAACUAUCAGGAAGAAAACAAACCCCAUGUGCUGCUUUUUGAUCGUCUUCGUGCUACUCCUCUUUUAUUCAAACUGACAGCAUUUGCCUACAAAGAUUAUGUGCAGUUUGGAUAUGUUGAUCAAACAUCAUCUGAAUCCAAGAGUUUGCUCAGGCAGUAUAACAUCAAUACUAUUAUUCCAGCAAUGUUAAUAUUUAAGGAGAAAACUGACCAACCUGCUGACAUGAUUCAGGCUAGAGAAAUGAAAAGACAAAUUAUUGAUGACUUUGUUUCCAGCAACAAGUUUCUUUUGGUCCCCCGACUUGUAAACCAAAAACUUUUUGAUGAGCUUUGUCCGGUGAAGCAGACACAUCGUCGUCGAAAAUAUUGUGUCAUUCUGAUAACUGGUGAACAAGAUUCCAUUUCUAAUGGCUACACAGCUUUUCUAGAAUUUGCAUCCUCUAACAACAAAGACAUUUUCAGAUUUGCCUAUGUCAAUCAGAAACAGCAGAAAGCAUUGUGUGAUGUGUUGCUGAAAGAUCUGGACAGUACUUUUCCUCAGGUGGUCAUCUUGGAGCGCCGUAACACAGCUGGAAGAGUCUUCUAUAAACCAAUCUCAGGAGGCUGGAAUGGGAGUGAAGAUGAUAAGUUUAAACUCCUGAAAAGUCUGGAGCAGCUUCAGAUGGACCCCUCCAUCCUCUCCAAGGACGCUGUGCUGCCAGAGCUCAACAAUGAGUUUGCUGCUAUGUUUCUUUUGCGAUGGAUAUACACUGUAUAUGACUACUUAUCUCAGUUUGGAGAAGAUCUUCUGCAUAACAAUUGGCGAGAAAUGAUGCCCCUUCUGUCGCUUAUCUUCUCUGCCCUUUUCAUCCUUUUUGGAACAGUCGUCAUUCAGGCAUUCAGUGAUUCAGGUGAUGACAAGCAAGUAAAGACCAAACCAAAAGAUGAUUCCCAGAAAACAGCAGACAAUGGAUCUCCCAGCAAUACAAACCAGUCCAGCCGAGCACCAAAGAAGAAUUUUGUAGAAGUAACUGAGCUGACAGACAUUACUUACAUUAGUAAUCUGGUGCGCCUGAGGCCAGGACACAUCAAUGUAGUGCUGGUGCUGACAGAUUCCACCAAAAACGUUCUCCUAAGCAAGUUUGCAAAAGAAGUUUACUCCUUUACUGGGAGCCUUACUCUGCAUUUCUCCUUUCUAAACAUGGAUAAGCAUCAUGAAUGGAUGGAGUCACUCCUGGAAUUUGCUCAAGAUGCUGUCCAGAUAGAUACAGACGAAGAUGACAACCACCACAGACUGGAUUACACAGGAUACGUGUUGGCCCUAAAUGGAUAUAAAAAAUAUUUCUGUUUAUUCAAGCCAGUGUACACUGGCGAAGACCAGGACAUAGACACAAGUAAGUCACCCGAAGAGGAGGCCAGGUCCAGGUCAGGAUCCUCCUUUUCCAAGAAUGAGUCACAUCAACGAAAAACUGUACAGCCUAAAGUUGGCACCAGCCUACAGAUUCAUCAUAAACUUGAUCGGUUGGGUCUCUGGAUGGAACGCCUCUUAGAGGGGACACUGCCCAGAUACUACAUCCCCUCCUGGCCUGGACUAGAAAAAAUUACGGCUUCCAAAUAACUGCUUUUGUAUAACCACGAAGAAUAUUUAUUUAUUUUUCUGUUUCCGUUGCUUAGUUUGUUAGACUUUAUGGAAUUACUAGGAAAUACCUGUGAUACAUUUCUGCCUAUGGCCAGAGUGCUCUUACUUGUCUCUCCUUGUCCGGCUGAGAGCACCUCCGGAGAAGUCUACAUUUAUCCUGUAGGUGAAACUCUGCUUCAGAGCUCUAACACAAACCACUUUGAAUAACUGCAUAACUUACAGAUAAUUAAUGGCUACAAUUUGAAAUAAAACUGCGGCUGCAAUCUCUUUUUAGUUACUCAAAACCUGCAUGGAUAUCAACCUUGAUCAUGGCAGAGUGGAAAACAAGUGUAAGGCACCAUCUAGAUCACUGGCUUUGAGACAUAGUGUGACCUAGUAACCUCUACAGGCUGUUACAGUUGCAUGAUUUGUGGUUACAGUUGAUGAGGCAUUAAAUCAGCCACUUUUAUUUUGUGGCCUUAACUACAGAAUAUGUUGUGGGUACAUACAGUAGAAUUUAUAUUCCCUUUUUUAUGUGCUGCUAAAACCUCACGGUUAGAGACCUGCAAUCUGUCUGUCCUGAGUUUCUACACCUGGAUACUUCUGGAAAUGUUUUUGCAUUCGUAGGGCAAACUGCUUUAAAUAUAGAAGAUGCUCUGUGUGUAACAGAAAGACACAUCUUUAUCAAAGUGCAAGUUUUUGCAAUUUACUCCUGUGAUUGCAGGCCCAAUAAGAUUGCUGACUUCUGUCAUAUCACUUGUAUAAAACGCAAUUGUUGUUUUUUUAAGUUAGAGAAUUUAUUUUUGAAUUCAGCACUCAGAAUAUGUAUGUGAUAAAAAGAUGUUUUACAUCUUCAGCAAACAUUCAGGAUUAAGUGCAGCCUUAAAUUCAUUUUUUUUCCUCAAGUAGGAUUUUCAAAGGACCUUUAGGAGAAGAAAAAACAAAUGUGGACCAUCCUAGAUCUAGGAUGAAACCGAAUGUAACUCGGAACGAUAAUGUGAUCUUUAGGGAGAUGAGCAGUUAUUUGCAAUGUGACUGACAUACAAAUCAUGGGACUUUGUUUUUGAUUUUUGAUGAGCAACCUUAUUUUUUAUUCGAGUUGUGACCUAAUCCUAGAUGUAAUGUAAAUGACUUAAAUCGUUGAAUUUCACCAAGUACCAAUGUUUACAACAAGUAUGUUUUAUCUAACUCAAGUCUGAAUGCCACCACCGUAUAUACUGCCAGUUGUUGCAUUCACUGGAUGGACAUUUCACACUGGAGAUUUUCUAGUGAAAGGCACUCCUGAGAAACCUGUGCUGGUGGUGCAGAAUUUAAACGGGGACACUAUUUUCCAACAUGGUUGAUUUCUUUUUAUUCUCCUGAAUUGGUUUUCUGUGAAUGAGGCAUUUUACACCCAGAAGAUUAAACUUGUUGAAAGAUCUUGUUAAAACAGCAGACCAUCCCAGCUGUUAGUGCUGCCUUAGACGUAGAAUGAUUGGGCCGUUGAAAAGGCAAGAGUAAUGAAGCACCAGGCCUUUUGUUGGGCAACACAAAGGAAGGUGUGAAACUCGAGGAAUCUGAAGAACAGUAGCUGGAAUGUGAGGACCAGACAUUCAAGUGGCAGGAUGGCACAUUUAUAGGGCAGUGCUCCAGAAAACUGGCAGGUAAAUUUGAAACAGCUCUGCUUGUCUUUUGCACUGCUGGAAGAAUAAUUGAAGGCUAGCUUUGAUUUAAUACUGAUGUCUGAAUGCUUUUUUUUAGGUUUUAUUUUAAACUCUAGACUGUGAUGUUAUUUAUUAUACAUGUUACCUUGAUGUUCUAUGACAAAAUAAAAUUGGUUUUAAAGUUUGA